CUGUAAAUCCCCAAUCACAAAAGUGAUUUCCAAGAUCUUGUUAUCAUGACCACUCUCUCCGAAGUUUAUAGAAAUGACCCUAUAACCGAUCACCAUAUCAUCCCUCUCGACUUUGACUCAAUAGACGAGGUCCCAGAAUCCCAUACGUGGCCUCGGUUUGACGAACCCAUUAACAAGAUUCAAACCAAUAAUAUUAAAGAUCCACUGAUUCCGGUAAUUGAUCUCGCUAGUCCCAACGCAAGGAAUCUUAUAGGCCAGGCGUGCGAAACAUGGGGCAUGUUUCAAGUUAUUAACCAUGGGGUACCCUCUGAGCUGGUCAAAAAUGUUGAGUACGAGUCACGAAGGCUUUUUGCUCUACAGACUCAUGAAAAGCGUAGGGUUUUGAGAUCAGCAGAUGGAGCCACUGGGUAUGGUGUGGCUCGGAUAUCACCGUUCUUUGAUAAGCGCAUGUGGCAUGAAGGGUUCACCAUCAUGGGUUCUUGUGCUGAUGAUGCUAAGGUUCUUUGGCCACAUGAUUACCAAAGAUUUUGUGACACAAUGGAUGCUUACCAACAACAAAUGAAACUGCUUUCUCACAGACUCUUGCUUAUAAUCCUUGAAAAAUUAGAUGCCACACAAGAAGAAAUUAAUUGGGCUAUAUCAACUCAAGACUCUCAACAGGCACUUCAACUUAACUCAUACCCAUGUUGCCCUAACCCUAGCCUGGCCUUGGGUCUUGCACCGCACACAGACUCCCUACUUCUAACCCUUCUCAACCAAUGUGGCAUAAGUGGAUUGGAGAUUUUUGUUGAAGGGUCAGGAUGGAGUCAGGUGCAACCUGUUGAGGAUGCAUUUGUGGUGAAUGUAGGUGAUCUCUUGCAUAUGUUCUCUAAUGCAAAGUUUCCUCUUCUUUCUCAUCGAGCCUCGGUGAACCAAUCAAAUCAUCGGAUAUCGAUUGCAUACUUUCAUGGACCUCCGAUUGAGUCUAGGGUGGCUCCUUCGUCUAAGUUUCAGAAGCCUUGUUUUAAAUCUUUGCUUGUGAAAGAGUACUUAAUCUUGAAAGCUAAGCAUUUCUCUAGGGCCUUAUCGUUGAUUCAAACAUAAAUAACUUGUUUUGUUUAUAGGGUUUCGGUAUAUCUUUAUAUUUCAAUGCUGAAGUUAGUUUUUGUAAUUAGUUUGCCGUGAGGUGAUAUAGAAAUUGCUGCAAGAUAUAUAAGCGUCGAAACUGGUAAGUGUUAAAUA